UUUAUUUUGAAAUCUUAGAGGUUCAGUGUCGGUCUGUCAGGCGGUGUGUGUUUGUCAUGACAGGAGUGGAUUUAACAUCCCUGAGAUUGGUUUUGACAGCUCUGAUGUGAAAGUCUUGAAGAUAAGAUAUUCCCAGUACAGGUGUGGAAAUGGAGCAGUCCGAUCGUUCUCCGCUGAAGCGUUUUGUGCUGGCCAAAAAGAAGAUCGGCGAGGUUUUUGAGCAGCUCUUAGAUUACGUUCAGGAGGGCUCUGAGUUUGUGAAAGAAACCUCUAAUAAUGAGACGCUGGAGAAUAUUGCAAACAAGAGCCAGCUGAAUGAGAUCGAGACGUACACAAGCAAACUGUCCGACAUUAAAGGGGUGUUAUCUCGCAAUCAUAUGAAGGUGGCCUUUUUCGGCAGAACAAGCAAUGGUAAGAGCACAGUCGUGAACGCCAUGCUGCAUGACCGCGUGCUGCCCAGCGGCAUCGGUCACACCACCAACUGCUUCCUCAGCGUGGAGGGAACGGACGAGGAUAAGGCCUUCCUGAAGACCGAAGGGUCCGAGGAGGAGAAAAGCAUCAAGACAGUAAAUCAGUUGGCUCACGCACUACACAUGGAUGAGAGUUUGGAUGCUGGCUGUCUGGUAAAAGUCUUCUGGCCCAAGACGAAGUGUGCCCUGCUCCGAGACGACCUGGUUCUGGUGGACAGCCCUGGAACUGACGUCACCACACAGCUGGACAGCUGGAUCGACAAGUUCUGUCUGGAUGCGGAUGUGUUCGUGUUGGUGGCCAACUCUGAAUCUACACUCAUGAACACGGAGAAGCAUUUCUUCCACAAGGUCAACGAACGCCUCUCAAAGCCCAACAUCUUCAUCCUGAACAAUCGCUGGGAUGCUUCUGCUAACGAGCCGGAAUACAUGGAGGACGUGCGUAAGCAGCACACGGACAGGUGUGUGAACUUCCUGGUGGAAGAGCUGAAGGUCGUGGAUCGCGCACAGGCGCCGAACCGUAUUUUCUUUGUGUCGGCGAAGGAGGUGCUGAACUCGCGGAUGCAGCGGGCGCAGGGUAUGCCAGAGACCGGUGGUGCUCUCGCUGAGGGGUUUCAGGACCGACUGAAGGAGUUCCAGACGUUUGAGAGAUUGUUCGAGGAGUGUAUCUCGCAUUCAGCAGUGAAAACAAAGUUUGAGCACCACACAAUCAGAGCAAAGCAGAUCACUGAAACGGUCAAAGACAUCAUGGAUCAAAUCAACAUCACCGCCGCAGACAAGAGGAUCGUCUCUCUGGAGGAGAGAGAGUAUCUAAUUGACCGACUGGAUUUUGUCCGCAAUCAACUAAACCUGCUCAUCCAGGACAUCAAGAAAAAAAUCGAGGCCAUCACAAAGGAGGUAGAAAACAAGGUGUCGAAUGCCAUGGCAGAAGAGAUCUGCCGUCUCUCUGUGCUCAUAGACGAGUUUAAUUCGGAUUUUCACCCGUCACCCAAUGUGCUUAAAAUCUACAAAUCUGAUCUCCUCAGCCAUAUUGAGCAGGGCAUGGGCAAGAAUCUGGCCUUCCGCUGUUCUGAUGCUGUAAACCACUCUGUACAGUCCUCUCAGAAAGACAUGAUCGAGUGCCUGAAGCCUCUGUUGCCCUCCGCGAUGCAGAACCAGCUCCACAUGCUCAUUCCCUGCAGGAAGUUCGAGCUCAGCUACGACCUGAACUGCGCCACUCUCUGCUCAGACUUCCAGGAAAACAUUGAGUUCCAGUUCUCUUUGGGCUGGACCGCCCUGGUCCACCGUUUCCUGGGUCCUGUCAACGGCAGGCGUGCCUUGAUGCUGGUGGAUCAGAAACUGCAGCUGACGGCACCGCUCACCCCUUCAGCACCAGCGGUGGUUCAGUCUCAGAUCCCCAGAGGUCCUGGAGGUCAAGGUCAGAUUCAGGCUUCAGUGGCGCAGGAGGAACUCAUGAUGUCAAUGGUGAACAACCUGGCCUCUCUCACCUCGCGCACAUCUAUGAGCGUGGUCAUCGUUGGAGGAGUGGUGUGGCGAACAGUCGGCUGGCGUCUGAUCGCUCUCUCCAUGAGUCUGUAUGGCAUGCUGUACCUGUUUGAAAAACUCACCUGGACAACCAAAGCCAAGGAAAGAGCCCUGAAGGGACAGUUUGUGGAGUACGCCACCGAGAAACUUCAAAUGAUCAUCAGUUUCACCAGCUCCAACUGCAGCCACCAAGUGCAACAGGAAAUUGCCAGCACGUUCGCCCGACUCUGCCAGCAAGUUGACAUCACCCAGAAGGACCUGGAGAAUGAAAUCCAACGCCUCACUGACAAGAUCCAGAAGCUGGAAACCGUACAGAACCGAUCUAAAGUGCUCAGACAUAAAGCCACAGCUCUGGAAAAGCAGUUGGAGGAUUUCAGCUCCCAGUAUCUGCGUCCUCAGCCCUGAAUCUGAGUUCGCACGGACGCUCAGAGAGUGACGUCGCUCGUGAAGACUGUAUGCCCUGCUGUUUUGGGAAUUUUCAGCUCGACAGAUGUUGUGAGGAAUGUGGAGGGGGAAAAUGUUACUUUUAGUUAAACUGUAGAAUUAAAGCUGGUUUAUUUCGGUUGAAGUUUUUCUGUACAGAGAUUGUCUCACUGAAACACUAUUUUGUAAACUGUGAAACGGCCCUAUGAAGAAAACAUUUCCUUCAUGGUUCUGUAAAACUUUUCCUAGAACAAACUUACUUAUACCAAGCCUUUUUCUUCCAAAGCAGUUGCCAUCAGACAAGGAAAUCCGAUUUUGUAGAUUUGCCUUUUGAUCACAAAGCCUAUUUUCUAUACGUUCUUUGGUAUUAGUUUCAUUGAAUCUAACUCGGUAUUAAAAUUCUCUUCAUGAAUUUCCUGUUGUUUCUAUUAUGUAAAAUAAUGUAAUCCAAUGUAAAAGCUCCUCAAAUGUAAUAAAUGAUAAAACAUUA